UCUCGUUCCGAGACCCUGCGGCCCUAAGCCCUCAGGCAGGCUCUGCUGCUGGGGCGCUGCUGGAAGGGUCUGGGUGGUGAAGUGGGAGGGAGCAGGUCACCUUUUCCUGCCUCGCCCGCGGCUGCCCGAGCCCGGAGGAAGCCGCAUGGAGGGAGCUGGGCAUGGGCGCGGGGCCGGGCCCAGCCCCAUGGCUGGAGAGCAGCGGCAGCCGCAGCGGCAGCCCGGCUCGUGCCAGGUGUGCCCCGAGCAGCCGGCCGAUGGGCCCCAGCAAGGGCUCUUUUCCAGCCUUCAGACCGGUAACCAGUCGUGCCAGCUCAUGCUCCUGAAGACGCUGGAGACAAAUCCAUAUGUCAAACUUCUCCUUGAUGCUAUGAAACACUCAGGUUGUGCUAUUAACAAAGAAAGGCACUUCUCUUGUGAAGACUGUAAUGGAAAUGUCAGUGGAGGUUUUGAUGCUUCCUCGUCUCAGAUUGUUUUAUGCCAGAAUAAUAUCCGUAAUCAGGCCCACAUGAACCGAGUGGUCACCCACGAGCUCAUUCAUGCGUUCGAUCACUGCCGUGCUCAUGUCAACUGGUUCACCAGUGUCAGACAUUUGGCAUGCUCAGAGGUUCGUGCUGCAAACCUCAGUGGAGACUGCUCGCUUGUAAAUGAAAUAUUCAGGUUGCAUUUUGGAUUAAAACGACACCAUCAGACUUGUGUGCGAGACAGAGCCAUUCUUUCUAUCCUGGCUGUUAGGAAUAUCAGCAGAGAAAUGGCUGAGAAGGCCGUUGAUGAAGUUUUUGAAUCUUGUUUCAAUGACCAUGAGCCUUUUGGCAGGAUCCCACAUAGCCAGACUUAUGCAAGAUAUGCUCACAGAGACUUCCAAAACCGUGAUCGGUACUACUCAAAUAUAUGAAGGCAGUGAAUCUUGUAUCAUAGCACCUCAGUGAUCGUGAAGAAGCAAAUGCGGUUCCUAAGGGACAGAUGCGUAAAAUGUCGAUGAUCAAGUACAUACGCUACCUGGAGUAUGCUGACCUUAGCACAUGAUCAGAAAAAGUAGGUGGGGCAAAAGGUGAGACAGUCUUAAGCUCCAAGGCAAAAAUGGUAACUGUAGAGUAUAUCUAUAUGUACUUUACUUGACAAAUAAGAUAUAUAAAUUACAUUUUAUAUUUUCUACAGUAUAUUUUUGUUUUUAAUAUUUAUAUUGUUACUGUUUUUAUUACUUGUGGUUAUUCAAAAUUUGGUUGUGAAAACUGAAAUCUCUUGAAUGUUGGUUGGUAGUUGGAGUUGAUUUAUUUACAUUAAAUAAAAAGAGACAUGAACUGAUUUACUGUAAGAUAUUCGUUGGGAUAUCUUGAGCAACACAUGGAAAGAAUAAAAAUUGGGCUAAUUCAUUAAUGAUCAUUGUCAAUUUUUCCCUGUUCUUUCAAUAUAUAUA